CUGCGCUAUUGUGUUUCUUGAUAUUUUUUAUUUUUACAUUUGUUUUGAUUUAAUACAUUUUCACAAUUUUCUGUUCCAUUGUGUGUGAAUCAACAUGGAGAAGAGAGAAUAGUCGUGAGUUUGAAGUUCUGCAGAUAACCAAACAUGAAUCCAAACUCCGACAACAACCAAAGAUGGGAGGCGAAGCUGAAGGACUUAACUUCCAACGUCCAGCAGAUACAAGACAACUUGUUGGAGGAGAUCCUCACACCAAACCUGAACACAGAAUACCUCCAACGUUUUCACGUCGAGAGGUUUGAUAAAGAGCUCUUCAAGAAGAACGUACCGGUCGUGUCCUAUGAAGAUAUUAAGCCUUAUAUCGACCGUGUCGUUAAUGGAGAGUCGUCAGAUGUCAUAUCGACUCGUCCUAUUACCGGUUUCUUGCUAAGUUCGGGAACUUCGGGAGGAGCACAGAAGAUGAUGCCAUGGAACAACAAGUACUUGGACAAUUUAACAUUCGCAUACGAUCUUCGUAUGCAUGUUAUAGCCAAGCAUGUGAAAGGCUUGGAGGAAGGAAAAGGGAUGAUGUUUCUCUUCACUAAACAAGAAGCCAAGACUCCUUCUGGCUUACUUGCUCGAGUCGCAACAAGCAGCUACUUCAAGAGCGACUAUUUCAAGAACCGUCCAUCUAACUGGUACUACUCGUACACAAGCCCUGAUGAAGUCAUCUUAUGUUCCAACAACACACAAAGUCUCUACUGCCAUUUGCUAUGCGGCUUGCUCCAACGCGACGAGGUUGUGAGAAUGGGUUCCAUCUUCGCAUCAGUCAUGGUCCGAGCAAUCAAGUUCCUCGAAACUUACUGGGAAGAGUUGUGUUCAAACAUCCGAACAGGCCGUCUCAGCGAGUGGAUCACCGACCUCGGUUGUCGUAGUUCUGUGUCUUUGGUCCUUGGAGGACCACGUCCUGACUUGGCAGACACGAUUGAGACUAUCUGCAACCAGAGUUCUUGGAAAGGUAUAGUCACAAGAAUCUGGCCCAACACUAAGUAUAUUGAGACCGUUGUUACGGGCUCAAUGGGACAGUAUGUUCCCACGUUGAACUACUAUUGCAGCGACUUGCCUCUCGUUUCAACGACUUACGGCUCUUCGGAGACUACGUUCGGGAUCAAUGUAGAUCCUCUGUGCAAACCUGAAGAUGUUUCUUAUGCGUUCAUGCCUAACAUGUCUUACUUUGAGUUCAUAACGAUGGAUGGAGACAAGCGUGAUGUGGUCGACCUUCAUGAUGUGAAAGUUGGGUGCACUUAUGAACCUGUCGUCACAAACUUCGCCGGAUUGUAUAGAAUGAGAGUGGGAGAUGUUCUCUUGGUGACUGGUUUUUACAACAAUGCACCUCAGUUUAGGUUUGUAAGAAGAGAGAACGUUGUCUUAAGCAUCGAUUCAGACAAAACCAACGAGGAAGAUCUGUUUAAGGCAGUGAGUCAAGCCAAGCUUGUUCUUGACUCGUCAGAUCUCUUUCUUGAAGACUUCACCAGCUAUGCGGACACCUCAACAUUUCCUGGUCAUUACGUGCUUUAUGUGGAAGUAAAGGCCAAAGAGGGGAAGAAGCAUUUGGAACUCAACAAAGAGGCCUUGGACCUCAACAAAGAGGCCUUUUCCAAGUGUUGUUCAGUGAUGGAGGAUUCGCUUGACAAUGUUUACAAGAGAUGUAGGUUCAAAGAUGGAUCAGUGGGGCCUUUGGAGAUAAGAGUGGUGAGUGAAGAGACGUUUGAUUCUCUCAUGGAAUUCUUCAUCAAACAAGGUGCUUCCAUUGGUCAAUACAAGACUCCUAGAUGCAUUAAAUCAGGAAAGGCUUUAGAGUUCAUGGAGGAUCGUGUGGUUGCCAAAUUCUUUAGUGCUUGAAUUAGUUAUUCCUAGAAUUUAUAAGUCCAAGUGACUUGUAGAAAUAAACAUACAUGUGCAUGUGUUGUGUAGUAAUUUUUCUGAAUAUUUUUAUUAAUGCCUUAUUUGAAAUUCA